AAGUAGUAACGCUCCGAGAAUUUUGAGUCCCAGAGAAAGCCUUGAAAACCUUUUUACGUACGGCUUCCAGACUCUUCCUCUAAUUGUUCGUCUUCCCUCGUCUCUCUUCGCCACUCCAAAUCCCUAAUUUUCUACCAUGGCUCGCCGCAGCUCAGGAGGUCGAUCUGCCCGUCCAGCUCCUCGUCGUGCACCAGCCCCUGCACCAGUUCGCCAGGCUCCUGCUCCAGCUCCUGCUCAGAGUGGAAGCGGUGGGGGUAUUGGAUCAGUCAUUGCUGAGGGAAUGGCUUUCGGCGGUGGAAGCGCCAUUGCACACAGAGCUGUGGAUGGUUUGUUUGGUCCUCGCACUAUUAAACAUGAAACUGUAGUCUCUGCUGCUCCAACACCUACUGCUAACAGUAUCGGUGGCUCUGAUGCUUGCAGUGUUCACUCCAAGGCAUUCCAAGAUUGUGUCAACAACUUUGGAAGUGAUAUCAGCAAGUGCCAGUUCUACAUGGAUAUGCUCUCUGAGUGCAAGAAGAACAACUCUGGCAUGCUGAGUGCCUAACUGCUGUCAUGUUACCCCAAUAUGAGUACUUAGUAGAUCAUUUUUUUAGGUGAAUGGUGACGAAUAAUCUUUUCUGUGGCCAUGAAGAUCUUUUUUUGUGGCGAUGGAUUUAUGAUAAAUGGUUUUUUUCUUAUGGUACGAAACCUGCUGCAUUAUGUACGCCACUAUAAUAUAGACCUAGGUUUGACUUUUA